AUGUGCUCAGGUUACAAAAGAGUCACCAACUGUACAACUCAUCAACGUGGGAAUCGGAAAUCGGAAGAUCGAGAAUAUAAAAAUAAUCAUUGGGAAGAGCUAAACGUGGGAAUCAUCGCACGGCGCAUUGCACACACGCAUCUGCCUCUAUCCGCAAUUAAUCCCGAAACCAACCAUCCAUCUUUUGCAACUCUACACCCCAGCGGUGCAUAUUGGCCGGACCUUCAUUUUCACCAAAAAAAUUUCGAUAGGAAAUCCUACAAGCCCCUAAAAUUCAUCGCCGACUUUUACUGUCCUACCUUCGACUUUCAUUAA